AACAUUAGCUUGCGCUGAGCAAAGAACCGCGGUAAGUAUAGCUUAUAAGUAUUUGAUAUAUUAUAUUACGGUUUACACGAGCUGAUGGAGCGUGAGGUGAGCCGGUGAAGUGCAGUCACAACCGCGUGUGGGUCAAGAAAUCGACGUUUCUUUGUUUCAAAUAAGUACUUGCUUGAUCUGACGAGAUAAGGUAAAAUAAAACUGAACAAUGGAUAAUGAGAGACAAGCUAUUAUCAGAGCUUUAGCAGAGCCUAAAGUAGAAAUGACUCUAAAAGCUUGGUUUAAACGACCAAUGAAGUCAACUGAUGCUUCUAUUAAAGCAAGAGUAGAUGGGAACCAGUUAUUUAUUGCAAAAGGCCACAAUUCCGAGAUGCAUGAGAAUAUUUGGAAAUUUUAUUCAGAAAGUAUAGCCAAUGCUCCCAGUGCAUCUAACGAACUGGCUCUUGCAUAUGGAAACAGAUCAGCGUUACUUUUGCAUCUGCAAAAAUUUCAAGAAAGCAUCAGGGAUAUAGACAGGGCUCUGGCAAUUACUACCUCCAGCAAUUUAAAACAGAAACUGCUCAAGCGUAAAGCAACAUGUGUGACUGCUCUUGCUGAAGAUGAGACUGCUGAAGAUAUUGGUAACAAAACCAAAGUUCUUUCGCUAAAUAAAGAAGAGCUUAUGAAAAAUGUUUCUAAUAUUAUUCCUAAUAAUGACUUCAAUUUUAGUGAAAAAGUUGAAGAAGACAAAGCUAAAAUUCAAGAAAUAUUAGCCACAAAGAAAGCUGCGGAUCCAUAUGAUUCUGUUUCUAUUCAGCAUAAUGAAAAGUUUGGUAGACACUUGAUAGCCAAUCGUUACAUAAAACCAGGAGAAAUAAUUAUGGUCAUAAAACCUUACAUCAAGUGUCUAAAUCUAAAAAAUAUGCAUGCAUUCUGUGGACAUUGCUUAAAAACUUCAUGGGCUACCAUUCCAUGUGACUAUUGUAACUGGUGUAUGUUCUGUUCAGAGGAUUGUAAGCAAGAAGCUUGGCAACAAUAUCAUGAUAUUGAGUGCCCUGUGAUUCCAUACAUAAUGUUUGAUCAGUUGGGAGAUUACUGGAAGCAACUUGCAUUAAGAUCAACUGUUAUGGCGAUUAGAGAAGCUGGAGGAAUCCAAAAUCUCAAAGAAGAAUUAGAUCUAGUAGAUAAUUGUAACAGUAAGUUACACAAAGGUUUUCUGAAUGGAAAAUUUUAUAAUGAUCGCUUUCAGAGCAUUUAUAGUUUAUCUGAUCAUACUUCAGAAGAUGCUUUAAAGGUACACAUUGAUCAUGCUUUACUGAGUUUGAUUGUCCUAGCAAAAUCUACUACAUUAUUUGGGAGAAAUAUGAAGUUUAUGAAAAGUAAAGAUCUUUUGUCCAAUAAAGAUGUAAUAUUUAUUGGUUCACUAUUGUUGAAGUUCUUGAAAAUAAGUGAUAUUAAUACACAUUCAGUAAUGGAAGGAAGUUCCUUAUGCAGAUUCUCUAAAAAUUUGAAUCAGUGUCUUGAAGAUCGCUGUUGUGCAAGAGGUGCUUGCAUUGCUCCCAUACCUAGUAUGUUAAAUCAUAGUUGUGAUCCAAAUAUCAGAAAAUGCUUCACAGAGGAUAUGCACCUGAUUAUAUAUGCCCUUCAACCUAUCAAAAAGAACACUCAACUUUUUGAUUCUUACUUAGGAUGUUAUUUUCAAACUCCUAUGUCACAAAGACAAUUGGCAAUGAAAGAAUUUAACUUCACUUGCAAUUGUACUCCUUGCAGAAAAAAGUGGUCAGCAAUUUUAAUAGAUAAAACGAAAACUAUUGUCAAGAAGGAAAAUGAAGAUUUUGAACAAAAAUUAUUUGAUAAAUUACGACCAUUAUUUCAAUCGACUAAAAAUUUAGAUGCACAUUACUGUCUAAGUACUUUAGAUUAUUUGUCAGGAAAUAUUGAAAAAGCUACUUCAAGCUUGAUCCCACCGUCAUAUGUCACAGCUCUACUGAUAUCUACUUUGUGGACAGUUUUUGAUUAUAUUUAUGGCAUGAAAUUGCAGCCAGUGUACCAUUUGCAAGUUUGCUGUACGAAUAUUGUUUUUGUGGUUUUCUAUUUGUCCAAUAAGACGUAUCACUCUGAGAAAGUACAUGUUCUGUGCUUAUUGCAACUUGUUUACAUUUUAGCAUAUGUGUUUCUUGAUUACACAAUUCACUAGCAUAUUUUCUUUUCACAGGCUUAUUCACUUUAAUAUUGUCUUUCCUCAAAAUAGCUGUUGAUGAAUUAAAAAGUCUGAUUCCUUUGAUAUUUUCAGGACAAUUCUUAUUUUCACUUGAUAUUUUACUU